AUGCGGAUUCGCAUUCGUGGACCUACUGGCCAGUCCACCGUCACGCUUGAUGACACGGCAACAAUCAACGACCUCCGGGUCAAGAUUGUUGAGAAGACCGGCUUGACAGCAUACGACGUGAAAUAUGGAUAUCCUGGUCUCAAGUCAUUAGACUUGGAUGCGUUACAAUCUGAUGAGAAGAUCAAAGACAUAAGCGUUAAUCUCAACGGGGAGCAGCUGCUUAUCACCAGAAAGGAAGACUCAGCGCCGCCACCGCCCACACAAGCACCGAACGAAGAGGUCCCUCAGAAGCUAUCUCUGUCGCGCAAGUCGCAUGAGGGUAUAUCGGAUGAUCCUCCAGAGAUUCCUUCCACGGAACAUUCAGGGACCUUCGUAUUACGCAUCAUGCCUGAUGACAAUUCCUGCCUUUUUCGUGCGGUGGGAAGCGCCAUCAUGGGAGGUAUGGACACCAUGAACGAGCUCCGGUCCAUCGUCGCCCAGACAAUCCAGGCAAAUCCGGAUAUUUAUUCGGAAGCCGUUCUUGAGAAGAAGCCCGACGACUACUGCCGCUGGAUUCAAAAUGAGGACUCAUGGGGAGGGGCUAUCGAACUCAGCAUCCUGAGUAAACAUUUUGAUAUUGAGAUCUGCUCGAUCGAUGUGCAGACAUUGCGGGUGGAUAGAUUCAACGAGGGCCCGGGUACCCGGUGCAUCCUGGUGUAUUCAGGAAUUCACUAUGACACCAUUGCCCUAUCGCCCUCUGACCCGCCAUAUACACAUGCUUAUGCCCCUCCGGAGUUUGAUACCAAGGUUUUCGAUGCGGCGGAUCCCCUGGUUCUAGAAAAGUCGCGAGCUCUUUGCCAAGUUCUGCAAAACAAGCAUUAUUACACAGAUACUGCAGGCUUUCGGAUCCGCUGCAAUACCUGUGGCGGCAUUUUCGUCGGCGAGAAGGGCGCCACGCAGCACGCAACACAAACAGGACAUUACGAUUUUGGCGAAGCUGGCUAA